ACCGUUUCGCCGUCGCACUUCUGCGGGGUCUGUGCAAACGGUGUCUAUAGUGAGACGGCAAAGAUUCUGGUGGUUCCUGCGAGCUGCUCAGCGUCUCUGUGGAUGACGAUGCUGGUGAUGAUACUUUUCGUUUCCGUGAUAGGUGCUUCGGCGUAUGAAUUCGACGGUGUGACUAUUAAACAUGGCAAGAAGUUGAUUAUAAGCGGACAAACCGAGGGAUACGUGCUCAGUCCCGGAUUCGCGAAUGGCACCAACUACCCGGGAAACUUUUACGGCUGUGUCGAGAUUGAAUCCACAAAAAGCAAACCGUACGUCAAGCUGUACUUUGAAGACGUUGACCUGGACGCACUCAAUUACUGCGGUGGCGACAAGGUGGAAAUAUGGGAAACCCUGAUCACCACUUCAAGCCGGAAGCUCGCUUUCUGCGGUUCGCAAAGGCCGCGAGCUUGGGUCUCCCACGGCGGCAAGAGUGUCAAGAUUUUCUUCGUGACCGACGAAAUGCUGGCGGGAAGGGGAUUCAGGAUUCGAUUCCAGGUCACCGGUGACAACGGUCUCUGUGACAAGGAUCAGUUCCAGUGCACUAACCGCCAAUGUAUUCAUCUCAGAGGCAUCUGUGAUGGUGUCAUCGACUGCACCGACGGAUCAGAUGAGAAGUUUUGCACAGCUGCGGGCAGCGGACUGAAGAAUAUGGCGGUUGUUCCCUGCGGCACACCAGUGCACUUGCCGAACCGGGACUCCGAAGAUCGAGUCGUGGGAGGCACAGAGGCAACGCCUUACUCGUGGCCCUGGCAAGUCAGCCUUGGUAACCCCGAAUACGAAGGAAUCGGCCACUUCUGCGGAGGAGCUCUCAUCUCGAGCCAAUGGGUUCUCACCGCCGCACAUUGUGUGACCAAACGCAGAGUCUCAGACAUCAUUGUGACUCUCGGUGUGCAUGACCUUCUAGAAGUGGAUGAUGUCAUGACUCGCAAAGUUGAGACGCUUAUACCGCACUCAAACCACCGUGUCAUCAUGCACGACUACGAUAUCGCCCUGAUCAAGCUUGAUGUACCGGUAAAUUUCACCGACAAAAUGAGGCCUAUCUGCCUGCCAGAAAACGACACCGAUUCACUUCUACACGGAAAGUGUCUUGCGACUGGCUGGGGACAAACAAGGGGAAGCGGCAGUUUCGCGAAGCUCAAGCAGGCCCACAUGAGGGAGCUGCCCUUCGAAGACUGCCGAAAGAGAGGUGGCCUGGUCUUCAGGAGCAUUGACGAACGCUACAGCUUCUGCGCCGGUGACCCUCGAGGAGAGUACGGUGUUUGCCAUGGUGACAGUGGCGGUCCGUUGUUCUGUUCCAAGCAUGGCACCAGUUGGACGGUACAAGGUGUCGCUAACACAAUCCUGAAGUCUACUGAUUCAGGAACACUGUGUGGAGUCGGCAGUGAUUCCUUCUGGAGCCGAGUCAGCACCCACCUAGCCUGGAUACACCAUACCAUUCGCGUCAUGUAGUGCUUUCGCCAGGCUCUCGCAGCGUACGCUGUCUGCCAAUGUCUGACAUUCUCACGAAGGGGCAAUGAACUUUCGUUUAGCAGAAAGUGAUGAAAAAUAAACAGUUGCAGAAACGCUGUUUCUCGAGCACUGUA